CUCUCACAGAGGCGGAGGAGAGCGGACCUUUGCGACUCGCCUCUCUCCCAACCAUCACUGAAAGCCUCGGCCACCACCAAGAUCCGCCCACAGACAUACAUAUAUAUGUAUAUAUAUACAUACCUAGCACCUCCCCAACGCUCCCAUGGAUUAUAGACGUGUAUGUUGAUGCGUGCAACAAUUUCCGAGUGAUACAUUUUGAUUAUAUAUGCCCCAAAUUAUGAUCUUGUGAAUACUAAGUGUCGGCGAAGCCUAAUCGCUGUGUAUACAUGUGUAAAGUGUGAGGAUGUGCUAAUCUUAAGAUGGAUAUGCAAAGUGUAAAAGCCUUCCUCUGGAGAUGAAAUUGAUUUAUACUAAAAGAUAAUUCUCACACGUGUUAAAACAACAAACUCAAAACAAUCAACAGCAAAGAAGAAAAACAAAAACACCAGAAAUCCCUAAUCCUAUUCUCAGGGAAAGUUGAUGUGUAUUGGAUUAAUCCCACGAAAGAAAAGAAAUCCCAACUGACUUUACUUACUGGAAGUAUUGAGAUAAAUUAAAAUACUCAUUAAUCGUGUUACGAAGCCUACUGGUCUACUACUAAAAUCCCUACUACGUCCCUCUAAGUAAUCCCUCAUGCCCUGGGGGUGUGGUUAGAGGAUUAUGGUGGAGCACAGAGCCCUCUGGGGGAUUUUUGGGAUGAUUCACCAGCUCCACCAGGACCUGUGCUGACUACUGGAGGAAAAUGAGGAGCAUGGAGGAGGAGGUAGCGGUGGAGGGGCCGCGCGACGACUUCUUCCUCAGCGAGGACGACCACUCCCCGACCGACGCCUCCGAGGACAGCGUCGAGGUCCGCGUCACGCCCAUCCGCGUGCCCACCCGCCCGCCCACGCCGCCCACACACCACAAGUUCCACAAGUUCCGCAAGCACUACUCCGCCCUGCGCCAGAGUUAUUCCGGUUCCCCGGGGGCGGCCAGCCCGCCCAGUCCCGCCGCCCGCCCCAGCCCGCCCGCCAGCCCCCUGGAGCCGCCCAUAGGGGCGGCGCCGCUGUCGCCUAGGACGCGCGCCGCAGUCCGCAGCCGCCGCAAGCCCGCAGAGCCGCGGCGGCUGUGUCACGACCUGGCCAAUAAGCGGGAACAUAGCCCAGAUCUGCCGCGGGCGGCCAAGGCGCUGCGGGCCGAGGGCCAGACCGAUGUGGGCGGCGACAAGAGCGCCCCGUCGUCCCCUUCCCCAGGGGCGCCGCCCCUGCUGGCCCACCACCCACUGCUUGGCUCCCUCGGGCGGCCCCCGAUGGGCGGCUUCCCGCCGCUUCUGCUGCCGCCCGCAUGGCCGCCCGUGGCCACCCAGUGGGGAUACCCGCGGGUGGUGGCGCCCUUAGGGUGGGCGGGGUUGACCCCGGGCCUCACCCCCCACCCGUACCCCAUGCUGCUGCCCCAUCACUACUCCCCCCUCCACCGCCCACCCAUCCACCCACACCUCCACCCGGCCUCGCCCCCGCCCAUGUCACCCCCGCCCCCCCGCUCCCCGACGGAGGAACGACAGGGGCGGGACGACCUGCCGCUGCCGCUAGUGACGCGUGUGACAGGGCCGGAGGUGGCCGGCCACAGCACCGGCCACCUCCCAUCCGGACACCUCCCAUCCGGCCGGAACAGCGGCGGAGCCGAAGUCAGCGUCGUCCGCAAAACCGGAAAGUCGUCCUCCAAAUUCCUGAGCGUCGAGUCGCUAAUCGCCUCGAGGAGCAGCAGCAGGAGCCCGUCGCGCGAGGCGGCGGCGGCGACGACGAGCCAACACGACCCUGACGACUCGUCCCAAGGCGACGACCAUCCCAUCGACGUCGACGACGACACCAUCCACUCCCUCCUACAACCCAACAAGCACAAACAGCGCAACUACAAGAACAUGACGCGCGAACGGCGCAUCGAAGCCAACGCCCGCGAGCGCAAUCGCGUCCACACCAUCAGCGCCGCGUUCGAGAAGCUGCGAACCUCAGUCCCGGCCUACAGCCACAACCAAAAGCUUUCGAAGCUGUCGGUGCUCAGAAUAGCGUGUUCCUACAUCCUCUCGCUGUCGCGGCUCGCGGGCCGCGACUACAGCGACGGAGGCACUGAACCUUCCUUCGGCGAGUGUGUCGACCUUACCACCAGAACCAUACAGGUGGAGGGUAAGGCAAAGAAAAAGAGAGACGAGUGAUAAAUGCUAUAUAUAAGCCUAAACCGCGCCAUAUAGGCCUAAUAUAUAGCGCCCCCCAGUUCAAUGAUCUUCCUAAAAUAUACAGUUCACAAAAUAUACACAAAAAUACUGUGAAACAUAUAUGUUCCUAUAAAGAGUUUUUUUUCCCUCCCCUAUACGACCCCUACCCCCCUCCAAACUGCCCUUCUGAGACACCCUACAUGGUUCCAUUCCCCCCCUCUCACCCCCCCCCUUCCCCACUAAGUGAGCGCCCUCUUGUUAAGUGCCUCGCGUGAUGAAAGAGAGCCCAAGUGAGCGUCCGAGUGCUUCCAGCAAACUUCAAUGACAAAGUGUUCAUGGUCUUAUUAAUUAACAAUCCCACCGCGUGUUGACUCGCAUAUUUAUUUAAGUGUUGCACUACAAGAGUCUCGAGACGUCGUCUAGGUAGAGUACUAAAAAUAAAAAUAAAAGACAAUUCAUAUUUUUUAAACUAAACUUUUUUGUUUUCUUGUUGUGUUCUAGUCCAUGUUGGGUGUUGCCUCUGCGGGAACACAUUCGUGUUUUUUUUUUUGAGAAAGGACAAUAAAAUAAAAAUAAAAACCUGAAACCAUGAAACACAGCUAAACCGUCCACUAAUUUGUCUCUGUCUGCAUCCUCUGCUCUCCGCGCUCCCGACGGAUUCGACGGUUGACAGGCAGGCAGGCAGGCAGGCAAGCGUCUGUCUCUCAAUCUCCGUGUCAUUCACGUCGCUGUCACUUCCAGCCUCAGGUCUGUCUGUCUGUCUGUCUGUCUGUCUGGCUGGCUGGCUGACUGUUGGCGACAGCCUCCGUCUCAGCCAUCAUGUCUGUCAGUGGUUACCGUCUACUGUUCCUGUCAGUGCCCAGUGACAGCCUCCGUCUCAGCCAUCGUGUGCGUCUGUCUACCAGCUGUCAUGUUACCCGUCAACAACUUACACACACACACAAAAUAUAUUGUUAUAUUAAAUAUGUCCUUAACCGGUUAGAAAGAUUAUUUUUAAGAUACACGAACACCCGUGACAUCACCAGCGCCUGUCUAUUCUGUUCCUUACCGUCAAUAGGGCCAAUCUUAAGCUUAGUUUGUCGUUAGCACCAAUUUGUUUGUCCCCCCCCCUCCUAUUUUUGUGUUUUUAACCCUAUUUUCCUAUUACAAAUAUUUUUUAUCACAUGCAUUUUAAGUGUAAAUGUGAUCCUAUUUCUUUCUCACAAUAUCAAACAUCAAUUCAAUCUGAGCUCACAUAUAAGGUGCUGUUGAUGACACACAGUGAUGUUAGAUACAUCAAUAUGCCCCAGAGUGAACCAGGUUAUCAAUGAUCGCUUUCAAAACUAAAAUUGGGUUUAUCAGAAUACAUGAAUGUAUAAAUACAAUAUAUUUGUUCAAUGAAAUGAGUGAAACGACAGCUCUUGUCUAUGUUUUUUUCACAAAUGAGGUGGGCAUGGGUGGUCUAAUUCCUCUGUGCUCAAAUGGCAGUCAGGGAAGGCUUAAAAUUUCAGUUGGGCAGCGCUUAGUCGCUUCUGAAAUCCUUCCUUAUUAAGGCUGGUCAUAGCACAGUUGAUAGAGCUACUGUCUCCCGCUCCUGGGGGUCGGUAGUUCGAGAUUUCAAGUGCCCAAGUGAAUGAAAUGUUAUAUUCACUGUAGUGUGGUGAAUAUAUAUA